AUGGGCUCCACCAGCUUCCUGCCCUGCCUAGCUCUCCUAUUAUGUUAUGCUCAUGGUACUCCAAUCUCUGUCAGGCAUCUCUCCAGUGAAGUUGCACAAGACGCUGGUGAGAUAAUCAAAGACAUUCCAGAUAUAAACUUAGCUGCUGGACUGAACCUCUUUCAGGGGGAUAUCUUGCUCCCACGAAAUCAGCGAAAUGCCCUAAGAAAUGAGAUCUACAGAUGGAAGUUCCCCAUUCCUUAUAUUUUGGGUGAUAACCUAGAUCUGAAUGCCAAAGGAGUCAUUCUGGAAGCAUUCGAAAUGUUCCGUCUGAAAUCCUGCAUUGAUUUCAAGCCAUAUGAAGGAGAGACAAACUACAUAUUUUUCAGAAAAGAAAAUGGAUGUUGGUCGAUGGUGGGAGACCAGCAGACUGGACAGAACCUCUCUAUUGGGUCAGGGUGUGACUACAAAGCAAUUGUGGAACAUGAGAUCCUGCAUGCUUUGGGAUUUUACCAUGAGCAGUCAAGGAUGGACCGGGAUGAUUAUGUGACAAUCUGGUGGGAUGAAAUUCUUGCAGACAUGGAACACAACUUUCUGAAGUAUGACGACAGCUUCAUCACUGACCUGAACACCCCCUAUGACUAUGAAUCAGUGAUGCACUAUGCACCAUUUUCGUUUAACAAAAAUGAGAGCAUCCCCACAAUCACAACAAAGAUACCAGCAUUUAAUAACAUCAUUGGACAACGUCUAGACUUCAGUGCUAUUGACCUGGAAAGACUCAAUUGCAUGUAUAACUGCACUUCAACUCACACUCUUCUGGACCAGUGUGCUUUUGAAUUUGAAAAUAUCUGUGGAAUGAUUCAAGGCACCAGAGAUGACCUAGACUGGAUCCAUCAACAGAGCAGUGCUACAGGGCAAGAAGACCACACACUUUCUGGGCGUUGUAAAGAUGCUGGCUAUUUCAUGUACUUCAACACCAGCUCUGGCAAGGCAGAUGAGGUGGCAGUCCUAGAGUCUCGAAUCCUUUAUCCAAAGAGAACUCAGCAGUGCCUCCAGUUCUUCUAUAGGAUCACAGGAAGCCUUUCUGACAAGCUGGUCAUCUGGGUUAAAGAAGAUGAUGGCACUGGAAAUGUUCGCAAGAUGAGGAAAAUCCAAACAUUUCAAGCUGAUAGCGACUAUAACUGGAAAAUUGCCCAUGUAACCCUCAACGUUCAAAAGAAGUUCCGAUACCUCUUCCAAGGCCUAAAGGGCAACCCCAGCUCUUCAUCUGGUGGGAUUGCUAUUGAUGACGUGACACUCGCAGAAACACCCUGUCCCAUGGCUGUGUGGGUCAUUCGGAAUUUCAGCCAAAUCCUCCAAAACACAUCCAUCAACGUUAUUCAAAGCCCUCGAUUUUAUAAUCCUGAGGGUUAUGGCUACGGUAUAAGUUUGUAUCCCCACUCCAGAAUCAGUGGCUACACUCGCAUUGCCUUUCACUUGUGCAGUGGAGAGAAUGAUGGUGUUCUGGAGUGGCCAGCUCUGAACCGCCAGGCUAUCCUCACAGUGCUGGACCAGGAUCCUGACAUCUUGAAAAGAAUGUCUGCAAGUAGAAGCUUCACCACAGACAAAUCCCAGGUUCUUUCAGAUGCUAAUACAACCUCAAUAUGGGAGAGACCAUCUAUUGCUGGAGUAUUUGAUGUCUCAUGCAAUUGCUAUAGAAGUGUAGACUGGGGGUGGAAUAACUUCAUAUCCCACAGCCAGAUGAGACGGAGAAACUUCCUGAAAAAUGAUGAUCUGAUUAUUUUUGCAGAAUUUCAUGAUCUAAUUCACCUCAAUAAUACUGAAGUCCCUGUUGAGCCUGCACAAUCUUCCAUCAAGGAAGGCCUCAUUCUCGAACGGCAGAAGAGAGCAGCCCAGGAUAUUGAGUCCAUUCAAGACUGGCUUCCUUAUCUGCAAGACCCGUGUAACCCAAAUCCUUGCCAGAAUGAUGGAGUCUGUGUGAAUAUGAAAGGGAAAGCAAGCUGCAGGUGCCCAUCAGGACAAGCCUUCUUCUUCACUGGUGAGAGAUGUCAGUCAAUGCAGGUCCAUGGAAACAUCCUGGGAUUGACAGUUGGUGGAAUCGCUGGAACCGUUGUCCUAACCAUUGUCCUCAUCUCCAUGAUGGCUAGAAGAUAA